GUAAUCCUGGUGGUGCCAGUAAACGCGUGCCGAAGUCUAGAGCGAAACUGCACUCCUUUUCACGCCAAGUUAUGAGGAACCAGUUUAGAGGAUGAUUGCCGGUUUCUCCGAUUACGGCGUCAGUUCAUCCAGCCACGUGACUAAAAUGGCAACUAUGACAGCGUACUUUUCGCGUUUUUCGCGCCCGUUUGCGGCUCUCACUUCUUGGCGGUGCUCGCUGGAGGUGAACAUAUCGAUAAAUUUGUGCCGCUGCGCAAGUUUAUUUGUUACAAUGGGCAAAUCGGAUGCCAAAAAGACGUCAAAGAGGAAGCGAGGUGGAGAUGGGGAAGCGACGGAAGCGGAACAAGGCACCGCUGCGAAUAACGAGCCCGAAGCAACACCAAAGAAACCCAAAUCUGCUGAAGCCGGCGAUCAAGCUGGAAGCGGCGACUCUGAUAAAAAGCCGUGGAAUUUAAAGCUAUGCUCCUGGAACGUCAAUGGUGUGCGCGCGUGGCUUGGGAAAGAGGGUCUGGAAUACCUAAAGAAAGAGCAACCUGACGUCUUUGCCAUCCAGGAGACCAAGUGCUCCGAUUCGAAGUUGCCUCCGGAAAUCAAGAACGUGGAGGGCUAUAAUGCGUACUUUUUAGCGGGAGACCAAGAAGGUUAUUCAGGGGUCGGGCUCUUGACGAAAAUCAAACCGCUCGACGUCAAAUACGGCAUCGGUGUGGAUAAGCACGAUAAAGAGGGAAGGGUCAUUACCGCAGAGUACGAGAAAUUCUACCUCGUAGCCGUGUACGUUCCUAACGCCGGGAAGAAGUUGGUUCGCUUGGAUUACCGCAUGGAGUGGGACCAAGAUUUCCGCGCCUACCUGAAGGAACUGGAGACCAAAAAACCAGUCGUGCUUUGCGGCGACAUGAACGUCGCGCAUCAAGAGAUUGAUCUCGCCAAUCCCAAAACUAACAAAAAGAACGCGGGUUUCACCCAAGAGGAACGCGACGGCUUUACGACUCUGCUGGACGCCGGUUUCGUCGACUCGUUCAGGCACCUCUAUCCGGACAAGAAGGGAGCGUACACCUUUUGGACUUACAUGAUGAACGCGAGAGCCAAAAAUGUUGGCUGGAGGCUGGACUAUUUCAUCCUGUCCAAUGCAUUAGAGAGGAACAUAAGUGACAGCUUGAUCCACAGUGAGGUGAUGGGCAGUGACCAUUGUCCAGUUGUUUUGUUGCUGAACAUUUGACGCCGCCAACCAUUCAUAUCCUGUUGCGUUGCUUCAUACGGCCACUGAUCUGUGUUCAUUUUUUUUUUUUUCAGUACUGUAACCUAGCAUAAAUUAGAAAAAUAAAACACCGGAACCCUUUCUGAA